GGCAGCCCUGAGCCAAGGAAGCCCCAGAGAGAAAGCACACCCACAGACUGAGAAGCAAGGGGCACCCCGGUGGACCUUGGGCAGCGGCCAGAAGAAGAGCAGAGGGGCAGAGGUGCCCCCAGGCGAGGAGCCAGCCAGCAGCAUGGCAACCUGGGAACUGCAGGUGUUUGUGGGCGAUGAAGAGGAGUCUGUGACCCUGCGGGUCACUGGAGAGUCCCACAUUGGCGGCGUCAUCCUCAAGAUCGUGGAGGAGAUCAAGCGGAAGCAGGACUGGUCAGACCACGCGCUGUGGUGGGAGCAGAAGAAGAUGUGGCUCCUGCAGACCCACUGGACCCUGGACAAGUACGGCGUCCUGGCUGACGCCCGGCUGUACUUCGGGCCCCAGCACCGGCCCAUCACCCUGCGGCUGCCCAACCGCCGGGCCCUGCGGCUGCGCGCCAGCUUCUCUCAGCCCCUCUUCCGCACGGUGGCCGCCAUAUGUCGCAUUCUCAGCAUCCGUCACCCCGAGGAGCUGUCCCUGCUCCGGGCCCCAGAGAAAAAAGAGAAGAAAAAGAAGGACAAGGAGCCAGAAGAAGAAGUAUUUGACCUGACCAAAGUCGUCCUGGCCGCAGGUGUGGCCCCAGCCCAGUUCCGGGGGAUGCCUGCUCACUUCUCUGACAGCCCAGAGACAGAGGCCUGCUACCGCAUGCUCAGCCUUCCCCAGCCACCCCCAGACCCGGCCCAGCUGCUCCGCCUGCCCAGGCCCAGCUCCUUGGCUGACAAGACCCAACUGCACAGCAGGUGGCUGGACUCAUCGAGGUGCUUAAUGCAGCAAGGAGUCAAGCCGGAGGACACACUUUGGCUCCGCUUCAAAUACUACAGUUUCUUCGACUUGGACCCCAAGGCAGACCCGGUGCGCCUCACCCAGCUCUACGAACAGGCUCGCUGGGACCUGCUGCUGGAAGACAUCGACUGUACAGAGGAGGAAAUGAUGGUCUUUGCAGCACUGCAGUACCACAUUAACAAGCUGGCCCUGAGUGGGGAGCUGGACGAGGCUCCGGGGAACAGUGGCCUGGAUGACUUGGACGCAGCUCUGAAUAACCUGGAGGUGAAGUUGGAGGGCUCGGCCCCCACGGACGUGCUGGACAGCCUGACAGUCAUCCCAGAGCUCAAGGACCACCUUCGCAUCUUCCGACCCCGGAAGCUCACCCUGAAGGGGUACCGCCAGUACUGGGUUGUGUUCAAGGAGACCACACUCUCCUACUACAAGAGCCAAGAGGAGGCCCCGGGGGACCCCAUCCAGCAGCUCCAUCUGAAGGGCUGUGAGGUGGUACCCGACGUCAACGUCUCCGGGCAGAAGUUCUGCAUCAAGCUCUUGGUGCCCUCCCCGGAGGGCAUGAGUGAGCUCUACCUGCGUUGCCAGGACGAGCAGCAGUACGCCCAGUGGAUGGCCGGCUGCCGGCUGGCCUCCAAGGGCCGCAGCAUGGCCGACAGCAGCUACCAGAGUGAAGUGCAAGGCAUCCUGGCCUUCCUUAGCCUGCAGCGGACAGGGGGAGGUGGAGGGACCAGCCCCGCCAACCCCCAGGGCCCCGACGCCGGUGGGGAGAUGCUCAACCCCCAUGGCCUUGUCGCCCCCCGAUUCCAGCGGAAGCUAAAGGCCAAGCAGCUGACCCCCCGGAUCCUGGAGGCCCACCAGCAUGUGGCACAGCUCUCCCUAUCAGAAGCCAAGCUCCGAUUCAUCCAGGCCUGGCAGUCCCUGCCUGACUUUGGCAUCUCCUACUUCAUUGUCAGGUUUAAGGGCAGCAGGAAGGAUGAGAUCCUGGGCAUCGCCAACAAUCGCCUGAUCCGCAUCGACCUGGCCAUGGGGGAUGUUUUGAAGACAUGGCGCUUCAGCAACAUGCGUCAAUGGAACGUCAACUGGGACAUCCGCCAGGUGGCCAUUGAGUUUGACGAGCACAUCAACGUGGCCUUCAGCUGUGUGUCGGCCGGCUGCCGCGUCCUGCAUGAGUACAUUGGUGGCUACAUCUUCCUGUCCACCCGGGAACGCGCCCGGGGCGAAGACCUAGAUGAGGGUCUCUUCCUGCAGCUCACUGGGGGCCAUGAGGCCUUCUGAGACCCUCACAGGGUCUCCUCUGCCCCCCACAAAAGCUUCCCCUUUUUCCAUUCACCCCCCGACCCAGCACACUUGCUCACAGCUGCCCUCUGCCGUCUUUGGGGGGGCCCAAGCUUCGCCUCCUGUCCUGCUCCUCCCCUACAAGGCUCCCCACUUCCUUUGUGCAGGAGAAAGGGGAAGGCUGAGCCGGACGGACUCCCCUCCCCCCGCCAGGUGUGAUGGGGGAGAGACCACCCACAGGCUGCUCAUGCCAGUGGAGGCAUCAGCUGUCCUGUGAUGACCCCUCUCUGCUCUGGAGGUGGGUGAGGCAGGCUGAGGUGCCCCAGUACCCAACUGCCUUCUGACCUCCACGCUCCAGGACAAUCUUUGGACUCAGGACUGAAGGCCCAAGGGGGACCUGCACAUACACAAAAAGGGUUUUUUCUCUCUUAAGUUUUUAUUUGUCUUUUUAUAAAUAAAUAUUUCACAGUUGGA